AUGAAAAACGCAUAUAUAAUAAUAGUCAUUGUGAGUCUGCUUACUUUUGCAAGUUCAAGUAAAUGCUAUAAAAUAUUUAGAGCUAACACUCCAGCAAGCAGUCCGGCUGAAUUUGCAAAAUUUGAGAUGUAGAGAUCUAGAUGAUAUAAAUAUUAUGAUCUCUGACAUCAUUUAAUGGAAAGAAGCAAUAGAGUUAAAUUAUUAAUUAGGAGAUGAUUUUAAUGGAUUGUUGGAGGUUGAGAGAAUUGUUAAAAAUACAAAACGAUAGUUAUUGCAUUAAUAAUCAUUAAUUGAAAUUGAAAUGCCUGUUAAACCAGACUUUUAAGCUAAAUUUGAGACAGAUCUUGCCAAAAUCAUGAAGUUAAUGUAAUAAAUGAAUCAAAAGCAAUCAAAAAAAGACAAACUAGAUCUAUUAACUGAAAUUGAUGUUAGUAUUUAAGCAACAAAAUAAAAAAUGUAAGCUAUAUUAUCUCAAUCCUCAAAAGCCACCGAUUAUGACAUAGAGUUAUUGACUACUAAUCUAAAAUAAUUAUUAUACAUCAAACAAUAGUGUUAAAAUUAAUAGUAACAAGGCUAAUUUACAAUUGGUAGGAAUAAUAAGUACUAUAAGCCAUACAGUUAUGACGAGUAUGAUUUUGAUGAAUACGAUGAUCCUAUCUAAUAAGUUUUAUAUGAUAGUGAUUAUGAUUAUGAUUACAGCAACUAUUAUGAUUAUGAUGAUUAUGAUUACAAUUAUGAGAGACUCCGUAGAAGUAGAUCAUAAAGAUAAUAGCAUUAAAGAGCACGAAAGAAUUCCAAUUCAUAAAAAUAAUCAAAAUAAACUAAGAUAAAAGGAUAAAUCAAAUAGAAGAAAGAUAAGCAUUUUGAUUAGCCAGAAAUCUAAUAAUAACAAUAUACAGAUGAAGAACAAUUUUAGGAUUAAGAUUUUAUAACAACUGAAUAGCAAUAUUAAGAUCGUCCUAUUUACAAUAAUGAAGUUGAUGAUGACAAUAUUUAAUCUCGUAUUCAACAAUAAGAAGAGGAUCCAAAUCAGGUCUAUGAUGAUUACUAUGCACCUCCAGAUUCAAAACCAUAUGAUGCUUUAGAUCCUGAAAAUUAAUAUAACAUUAUAUCAGAUUUACAUAUUGUAAAUGAAUAAGAAAAGAAAAAAAAAUCUAAAAAAGAGAAUAAUUUAAUUCAAAAUGAACGAGAUUAAUAUAUGGAUUCAGAUGACUAUUAUUAGGAUGACUACUAAGAGGAUUAAGAAUAUAUUUAAUAGUCAGAUGAGGAAUAACUAGAAAAUGAAGCAAUUCAACCUGUUUAAAACUAAAAGCAGUAAAGGUUCAUUAAUCUAAAAAAGGAUGACUAUGAUUAUCAAUAGGAUGUUGAUUACUAAAUUGAGUAGGAAAAUAGAUCAAAAAAUAAACAUUCUAGUUAAGAAUCCUCAAAUCUUGAUGAAUAGGACGAUAUCAUUUAUCAAAAACAAGAAGAUGAAAAAACGAAUGAUAUUGAAAAAGAGGGGGAAUCAUAAAAUAAAAAGCUUGAAUCAAAGGAAAACUAAGAAGUUAAGACAGUUGAUUCAGAAGAAAAAUCUGAAAAUAAAUAAGUUGAAAAAUAGGAGAAAUCAGAGGUUAAAUAAGUUGAAUAAGAUCAAAAUAAGAACUCUUCAUAACAGAAUGAAGAAGUGAUAUAACAAAGCAAUAAAUAAUCAGAAAUAAACAAUUAGGAACAGAAUAAAUCUAAAUCAUAAUUAAAUCAUAUGUAAGAAGGAUAAAUAGAUGCUCAUGAGGAUUUUAAAGCAAUACCAGACACAUUAAAAUAAACAACAUAAAUUAAGGCCUAGGCAGAAGAAUUUAAUUUAAAAGAUUAAAAAAUACUACCUGAGCAGUAGUAAUAAUAGUAAUAACCAAAUGUCUAAUAGUAAGAAUAAUAAAAGCAAGAGUAGCAAGUUUAACAAGUUAACCCUUUAGAAAAAGAAUAGGCACCAACAUAAUAAGGAGUAUAAUAAGAAGCACCCUAAUAAACCUCUGAUUAAAUUUAACCAUAAUAAAAGUCAUCCUUAUAAGAAUAGAUAGAAUAAUAAUAAUAAAAAUAAUAAUAACAAUAGUAAUAAUAACCCUUAUAAUAAUAGUAAUCUUAAUAAUAACCUUAAACAUAAUAAUAAGAAUAAUAACCUUUAUAAUAAUAGGAAUCUUAAUAAUAACCUUAAUCAUAAUAAUCAGAAUAAUAACCUUAAUAAUAAUAAAAUGUAUUACCUAACCCAUUAUAAACUUAAGAAGAGAAUGUGAAUAAUUAAUUACCCAAUGUACCAGAAUCAAAUAAUGAACCUCAAAUUUAAUCAUAAGACCCAACAUCAGAAUAACCUAUUGGGAUUGACACAAGUCAGCUUCAGCCUUAAAAUGUGAGUGAGUAGAAACCAUUGUUACCUACUGAGCUGGUUCCAGAUAAUUCAGUUAAAAUCCCAAUUAAAGGACUUGAGGAGAAUCCCGAUCAAUUAAUUGACCCAGUUAAGUUUGUUCCAUUCAAACAUAAGCCUUUAUAGAGCACUGCAAACAUUUUGGUGAGGUAAUCAAAAUUUUAUGAUUCAACGGUUGAAGGAAAGGCGUCUUAUGAAAUUUAAUUUUCAAAUAAGGAGUUGUAGGAUUCUGAAGAGUAUGGAUAUGGGUUUUGGGUGAAAUACUAAAGCACUCUUGAGUACAAGUUGAAACAAAAUUAAUAUUACUUUUUGUCUCGAUUAACUUCUAUAAAGGAUUAUUUGGAUUUUCAAAAUUAUGGGGAUAGAACUUUAGCCAAUUUCUUGGUGGAUAACACAUUUGUGUUUGCUACGUAUGACUAUGUUGGAAAAGAGAAGAAUAAGGUGGCUUAGAUAAGUUUGAAUUAGAAUAUAGAUGGUAGAUGGUACUUCGUGUCUUUCUCGUAUAGCAGUCGCAAAUAGAAGUCAGUAGGAUUUGUGUUGUCUUAUGGUAAGAGUCGGGAAUUUUAGAGAAUCGAGAUUCCAUGCACUCAUGCUCCUCCUUUUUAUAUGUCAAUGACUGUGGGAGGGAUGCAUUUACAUUACCCCGGAUUGGAAGGUUAAUUUGCAAAUAUCUUUUACGAUAUAGAAGCACCUGCUUUGAUAGACAAUGAAUAAGAGCUAUUCAAUUUGGUAGAGACAAUGUCGUUUAUGCCAUAAGGAUUGAAGACCUAUCAUGAGGAAAUGAUAGUUGGGCCACCAGUGGAGAUGGAUGGAAAUACUAAUUGCAAUUAUGAGAAGGGAUUUAAGGAUUCGUUUAUUUAUGAGCAUUAUGCAAUUGCAGGUUGGUUUAGAUGGGUUGAUAAUUUGGAUGUGAAGGAGUUGAACUCAUUUUAGAUAAUGAAUCUGAGAUCGAAUAAGUAGAGAGUGAAAGAUAGAAGAGAAUUGGGAGAUAGAGCAUUGGAAAUUCAUUUUAUAAGAGGAUUGUAGAAUAUAGGAUUGAAUUUCCAUACUUAUUCAGUGGCUGGGAAUGAGGGCAGAGGAAGUGAGAUGAUAGUGAAAUCAGUGCCUUAUACAACCAAUGUGUGGACGUAUGUUUAUUUUGGAUUUAAUCAAGAGGAGAAGAAAGCUUAAGGUAUAAUGAUAAGAGUGGGAGUGAAUGAGGAGGUGUUAUUUGAAGGACUAGAGCAUAAGAACACUAAUUCAUUAUAUUUUACAUUGGGAGGAGAUCAGACGGUUGCCUCCUUUAAUGGUAAAGUAUCUCAGAUUGGAGUAUAUUUGGGACCUGAGAGUUAUGCGAAGUCUAAGAAGUUGGAUUACAAUUUUGGGUAUGGAGAUGGUGCUGUCAGAUUGUUUUAGUUGGUUAAACCAUUAAUAUUGAGAGGACAAUAGGAUUAAUACGAAAUUUCAUUUGAUUAAAAGGAGUCAUUGAUCAAUCAGAUUCUGAUUCAAGAUGAUAGCAACAUAAGAAUCAAUGGAUUGAGUGAGUAUUCAAUAGGGUUGUGGACUUGUUGGUUAAGUAGUCUACCGAAGUUUAUAGGAAGCAGGAGUGAUUUGCAUUAGAUUAUUAGAAUGGGAACUCAGAGUAAGUUGUUGGAGUUGAAGAACAAUAAGCUAAUCUAGAGUGUUGAUGGAUAAGUAAAUAGUGAUAUCAAAGACACUACAUUAUAGAUGAGGUUGGGUAAAAAGGAUUAUGAGUUCUCCACUUACAAUCUAAUGAGCAAUGACAUUAAAAAGGGUGUGAUUCCUUUAGAUUCUCAAUUAGAGGGAUCAUGGAAUUACUUAUCCUUUUCUUAUAAAAAAAUGAACAACAAUAUGGGUUUAGCCAAGGGCUAUGUUUAAUUCGGUAUUGGAGGAUAAGUAAAGGAGUGUUCAGUAGAAGUGUUACAUGAUUACAUUUUGGAGUAUGUGGAGUUGAAUGUAGGAAAAUCAAAUAUCCCUCAAUUUAAUGGUAAAUUAGCUAAUGUGCAGAUGAGAUUAGGAAACGGGGCAUUUUUAGUGGAUGUUGCACAAUAUGAAUAAUUUUAAUAAUUAGAAAAACCCGUGUUGGGAAUAAGUACAGCUGUUCGUAAGAGUAUCUAAUUGCUGGGUUCAGAAACUGACAUGGCCAAAGUGUAAGAACCUUAAAAUGUAUUUGAGUAUUCUUAAUAUGCAGGUGUUAAUGAAUAUGCAUUAUCUGGUUGGGUGAAAUGGGGAGGUGAUUAAAAGCAAGGAGGUUUGUAUAGUAUAUUGAUGAUGGUUUAGAAGAAGUAAUAAGAUAUUAAACCAGGAUAGAGUGAUAGUUAAUUGUAUAUAUAAAGGACUGAUAAGGAGUAUAUAUUCGGAACUUAUAAUUGUAAUGGGGAGGAUUGUUCACAAUCUUAGGAGAAGAAUAUCGAGUUUAAUGAGUAUUAUAAUCAAUGGACCUAUAUUUACAUUGGGUAUACUCAGAAAUAGAAGAAGUUGUUUGCAUUAUGCAAAUUCACUUUUAAUUAAUAAUAGUAAGCAUUCUAAGAGAUCAACAGAAUAUUGUUGUCUACAUUUACUUUAUUUUUGGGAAAGAAGUUUCAAUUGGCAAAUCAAUGGCUGGGUUAAAUUAAAUAUUGGGUAUUGAAUGUUGGUGAUGGUUCAUAUUUAGAAAGUGGAUAUGAGUAGAAUGAAACGGUAGAAUUAAAUUUUGGAUUCAAUAGUGGAACUGAUCAUUUGAAAUUGCAGACUGCUAAUCAAGAAAUAGAUCACAGUGAUAAAGUAAUAGAUUCCCAAGCAGAAAAAUAGAAUGUCCCAUGGAUGAUUGAAUUGAAUGAGCAAUCUGAUGUUAAAAUAGAAGGAGUCAGUUCAUAUGGUUAUGGAAUGUGGAUAAGAUUCAGAUACUAUGGAAGUAGUAUUCUCUUCAGUCAACCUAAAUGGAUGGGUUUAAGCAGAUUGACAACUAAUAGAGAUUACAGAGAUGCAGAUGCUGUUGGUGAUAGAGUACUGAUGAUACUCUUUGGAAAAGGUGAAGAUGAAAAAUCACAAGGAAUAUUCUAAUUCUCAACUUACACAAUAGGUCAACCCAAUAUCUUUGGUACUCUCUAAUAUCAAAUUGACUAUGAAUCCGAAUGGGUUUAUGUUUACUACAGUUACAAAAGAGUAUCUCAAACUCAAGGUGUUGCUAUGGCAUAUACAGGAAGAAUGGAUAUAGUAGAUGAACUCAAAUUAGAGGCAUUGCACAAUCCAAUAAAUAAUUUUGUUCAACUUACAAUAGGCCAUAGUGGAAAGUACUAUCCAAACUUUAAUGGGUAGUUGACAGGCAUUAAAUUUAAAUUAGGCAAUGGUGCUUAUAUAGAUAGUAAGAAUGACAUAUUGUAAAGAAUGAAAAACACCGACUUGAUGCCUUCUGUCCCUUAUGAUGUUUCUCAUAAAUAUACCAUUAUUGAUGGAAAGGUGGAUAAUUAUAAGGUUCUUCCAAAUAAUCCACAAAUGAUUGAUUUUCCAGCAAAUGAAUAUUCUUUAGCUUUGUGGUAUAAGCAAUUCCAAAAAAUAAAUGAAAAUAAAGAAACUGUUGUUAGAGUUACUUAGAAUCCUGUGGGCAAAGUAACUGACUCUUCUUGGAUUGGUGAUAGAACACUUGCCUUUUUUAAAAUUAACAAAGACAAUAUGGAGUUCUCUACUUACACCCUAUUGAAAGGCAUGAACUUUGGUAUUCCCUACAAUUGCUAGAUACCAGAAUUAAGUCAACACAAUUGGUCAUUCAUCUAUAUGGGAUAUAGCAAAAGCAAAUAAAAGUUCUAUUACUAUCUCUCAGUGGAUGAAUACAUAUGCAAAAGCGAAGAAAUUAUCCUUCAUGCCAUAAGUGACAGACUCUGGAUCUAUGUAGGCAGUGAUAACAUCCAAUAAAGAUUUGAGGGCAAUUUGGCUUAAAUUGCUCUUACAAUAGGUCCAGGUUCUUAUACUAACAGCAAAAUACCUUUUUUACCUGAAUAUCUUGUUGCAGACAAAUUGUUCCCCAAAUAGAAGAAAAUUACAUGGGAGAAGAAUGAAUAAGUAAUGUUAGUAUCAGAUGGUGAUGAAACUAUUAGUUCUAUGAAGGUUGAACUAUUCAAUGGAUUUCAAUACCCAUUUGAUUAAAUGUCAGAAUAUGCUUUCGGUAUGUGGACUCGAUACCUCACUACUAUUCCCACAAGAUAACUAUCCAAACCAGCUUUAAUGCAAUUAGCACGGUUGUCAAUCAACAAAUAAAUAACAGAUGGUGUAAUCAAAACUGGAGACAGAGUUCUAGCAACACAUAUAGUAUUCAACUAUUAUUAACUAUCAACCUAUGAUCUGAACACUGAUACUGGAAUACAAUAAAAGUUCAUGAAAUACAAUCAAUUAGAAGGCAUCUGGAGAUAUAUCUAUAUGGGUUACAGCAAAGAUAUUGAGACUAUUUCUUGUUAUACUUUUGAUACGACAAUAACAGAAAUGAAAAUAGACAAGAUCUUACAUAAACCAUUAACUGAUUACUUACUAUUUAGGAUUGGAAAGGAAGAUACUAUUACAGGUUUCUAAGGAAGCCUCACAAAGAUUAUGUUGUCUCUAGGUCCUGGAUCCUAUAUUCGAUAAUAAGAUCAAUUCAAGUCUCAAAUAGAGACUACUUUCUCUUUGCCCUUUUAGUUGACACAAGAAUACACUGAUAAGGAGAAGCAUGGGAAGUUUGAAAUAAUUGAAGAUGUAAACUAGAUCGAUAUUACUAAUGGCAUUCAAUUCGAAGGGAAUAGGUGGAGUGGAAUCAGUGAAUAUGCAUUUAGUGGAUGGAUUAAGCCAACUGGUACAGGAAAUACAGAUUGUUAAUUAAUUUUAAGAUUGACGAAUAAUAAUGCAGAAAUUUUGAAUGAUAGGAAAUCCUAAGGAGACAGAACUCUACACAUUACUAUUUGUAAUACUCAGCUAAUUAAGUAUUCAACUUACACACUGGUGGAUCUAAAAGAUGCAAAUGAACCUAAAUUUAUGGAUGGACAAUUAGAAUUGAAUGAUUACAAUUAUGCUUGGAAUUAUAUCUAUAUGGGUUACAAUUAAAGAACAAGAGAAGUCCAUUGUUUAUUGCAUACUCUGAUUGAAGACAAACCAAUAACCUGGGAAUAAGUGUAGCAUUACGUACCGAAUUAUUUAGGAUUGUACAUUGGAUAAGAUAAAUUUACAAGUAAAUUUAUUGGAUUAAUGAACAAAUGGACAGCAGCUUACGGAUUGGGUGGAUUUGUAAGUCUGAAGAAGAAUGGUUAUUAGCAACUAUUACCAAAUUACGGUCUGGUGUAGCCAAAUAAAUAAUUCUAAUGGAAUUCAAAUAAAGAUACUGUGUUAUAGACUCCAGAAUUCAUCGUUUAAGAAUUUACUAAUGAAAUUGAUUCCAUAACUGAAUAUGCUAUUGGUAUAUGGACGAGAUGGUUAACAGAUUUCCCAGACCAUUUAGUGGAGAGAAAGGAUUCUCAUUCUAUUUUUAGAUUCACUGCUAAGAGAGAACAUUAAGACAAAUCAUAAAUAUAGGAUAGAGUGCUGAGUGCAUUUUUGAAUAAGGGAUCGUAUGAAUUCAGCAGUUAUGACAUUGCAACCAACAACUUUGCUGCAAAUAGUCUGGCUGCCUAUGAGUAGAUAGAAGGAUCAUGGAAUUUUAUGUAUAUGGGAUAUAAAGAUGGUUAAACAGUUGGUAUAAUAAUAGUAAGAGACACUGCCAAAGCUUUGAAAGUUGAGUUUGCAACUAAACACAUACCUUUAGUAGGAUAUGCUAAGUUGUUGAUUGGAGUGUCUGAAUUUGGACAUGGGUAGUUUCAUGGUUGGCUCUAUGAUCCACGUCUAUAUCUAGGAUAAGGUAGCUUUAUCAAUGAAAGUCAGAAGGUUGUGGAUCUACUCUAAAAAAUUCAUCGUAAGCUGCCCCUACCUGCAGUGGAUUUAGCUGAUUUCAAGUGGGCAAUUCCUUAAAUGGAUACAACUGAAAGUUUAAAGACUGGCUACAUAGAUUAUAAAUUUGAGGAUAAGUAAGAAUCUAUUGAAUAUUCCUAUGGAAUGUGGAUACAGUAGUCUCCUUUAUUACCUGGUAUGCCAACAGUUCCUAGGUUAAUUGCCAGACUAUCAACAAACCACCCUUAAUUUAUGAAGGACAUGCAAUUGGGAGAUAGAACACUUCUUGUUAGUAUGUUAAAUGAGAAAUUGAGUUAUAAUACUUAUAAAUUAUUGGACACUCCAUAAUUUGAAUAAAAAGUAGAGGAGAUCCAAGUGGAAUAAUUAUAAUGGACUUACGUAUUCUUCUAAUACAAGAAAGGAAAUGCGUUGGCUUAUGCUUUAUAAGUCAAAUAAGCAUAACAAAAAAAGAUUGAAUCUCUUCACAUAAUACCAAAUGUGUUUUAUUUCUAUUUAAUAAAGGAUCAAAAUUUUGCAGAAUUCUAUGUAUAAUAUUGGUUAUAUUAUGUUAGGGAAAAGUGAGUGAUGUGAAAGUAUACUUUGGCUCCAGCAGUUACUUCGAAGACCCAUAAGUUACAAUAGAGAAAUGGCCAUUUGAUAAGAAAUAUUUACAACCAGUUUCUGAAUAACCUAUUAAUAAUCAACAAAUAACUUCAGCAAAAAUAUCUAGAAACAUGGAUAUCAAAAAUGAAAGGUACGUUGAAGAUUAUUGA